AUCUAUAUGCUGAGCUGUUUUUUUUACUUUUUUUGCCAAUAUAUACAUGUAUAUUGUAUGUAUGCAUCAUGUAUGGUGUGCAUGUACGUGUAUAUCGGCUACAUGUGAGCGCGUGGCGGUCUGUAUGUCUCGGUCUUCGACUUUUCCGAGCACCUGAAUCCAUAUUCAACGACUUGUUCGCUAUCUCUAACGACGAUUCCACCUGUUCCCUUAAAACUACGAUGAAGGAUUUAACUGCUGUGACAGUAGUAGUAGUUGUAGUAGUAGUAGUAGUAGUAGUAGUAUCGGUAGCAGCAGUAGUAAUGGUAGCAGCAGCCACCUCUUCUCUCUUUUACCAUCAUCAAAAGGAAAUUGUCGGAAGUGCGACCCACAGAAUAACAAUAACAACAACAACAACAACAACAAUAGCUAUCUGAUAUGUACGAGAUUGCUUCCAGGCAGGCAGACACUUACUACUACUACUACUAGAAUACUGCUGGUGUGUCUGGCUCGGUGCUCGGAUGUUACUUUGCACUGCGGAGACUAUUAAUACCAUCGUAGCUUGUAUUAAACGCUUGGACAAAACACUGCCACUCUGACUAUUUAUCCUGCUUUGUCAGUGAGGACGUGACAGAGCAUCUCAAAUCACAUCUCACAUGUCAUCUUCAUCAUUAUCAUCAUUAUCAUCCUCAUCACCACCACCACCAGCACCACCACUACUAACUACCAUAAACAACAACAACAACAGGUACGGCAGCAACAAACACAACCACCAUAACAAUGUUGAUAACUAAAACAAUAACAACAAAACGGCAACAAGUUAUUUAUAAUGUAACUACAUCUGCUAGCAUUUUUAAGUUAGAAAAAUAAUAGAUGAUGAUGAUGAUAUUGUUGGAUAUACUAACGGUGAUGAUGACGAUGACGAUGAUGAUGAUGAUGACAACGACGACGAAGGCUACAAUAAUAUUGAAGAUGAUGGCAGUGGUAAAGCUGUUGAUGGUGAUGCCGAUGGUAAUGAUAUUACGAUAUUGGUUGUUCUCACUUUGAGUACAUACUGUGGAUUCAAUGACACUACAAACUCCAUUUUACCAAAUUUAAAAAUUUUUCUCCAGAAAUGCAUGCUGUCAUGUAUAACCAUCUUACCAACAGUUGCUCAAACUCUGUUGUUGAUUCUACAAACCAAUGCCAUAUAAAAAUCAAAACUGAAGAUGACAAAGAUCUCGGUUCCUGUAAUUUUAGUCCAAACUAUAAAAAUUCUUCAAAAUUACUUCUUAACGGGUCGAAUUCCAAUGUGGAUUUUACCAUGUCUGCGAAAGGUGGUGGGAACCAAACAUUUUCUACGAGUCAAGAAUCUAAAAGUUGUUUUAAGGAAUCCUCAGAUGUUAGUAAUCAGAAAAACUUUCUGCUUGAUAAAGUUCUUGGACACUCUGUUGAGAACUUGAUGAAAUUUGCUGAAAUCUUAUACAAAUGUACUUUGUGUACAACUCUGCCAUCUAUUCUGACAUCACGGGAUAGCUUCAUUAGCCAUGUCAAUGACCAACACUUAACAAAAAAGCAAUCUUAUAAAGAUUGCCAACAUUGCAAUUUCAACUUUAGUACUGAAGAAGAUCUCCGUGCACAUUGCCGUUUUUCUCAUGGCAUUGAAACUUCUGAUACUGAAUUAGACUCUCCUGAAGCUUCACCUAUCGAUGAAUUUACCAAUAAGAGCGGAACUGAAAUCAGUACAGAAAAUCAGUGUACAAUAAGUGAUCCCAACAAGACGAUGCAGUACCGGACGUCGCGAUUUGUCAUGGAUACAGUCCAUGGGAAGCAGCGACAACUGGCACCCUCAGCACCGUUAUUUGGGCAAGUUAAUGGUAACAGUGUAGCUAGCAGCAGUAGUAGUACUGGUACAAAUAUAUCUGUUAAUAAUAACAGUAGCAACGGCUGCGCUAAUAGUAACAGCAAUAACAAGAUCAGUGUAAAUUCUGUCAAAGAUAGCGUGAAACCAGAGAAAAUGACUAUGGAAGAAAAUAUAACACGUCUUCAGCAGCUAGCAGAUCAAAUUCUGAUAUCAAACACUCGGCUACAUGCAGGGGGAAAUUCCUCUGGCUUCCAUAGUGCUAUGUCAAACCCAAGUUACACACAUGACUUUGGUAAGUACACUAAGCUGAUCCGAGAAGGUGGCAACAUUGUUUAUUUUUGCCAGGUGUGUAACUGUAAGUGUCAGGCACGCGCGGCUUUCUUAAGCCAUUGUUCGAGUUACCAGCAUCGGGCACGUGUCGAGACUGCUGAUAGAAGUGUGUCUUCUGACCAACAGAUACAACACCAUCAUCAAUCGCAACAACAACAACACAAACAACAGCUCACAACCCUCCCACCUCUACCUACACAUUCACAAUCUCUACCCCAUCCAAUACCCCCACAAACAAAUAUACAUUCAUCACAUCAGAACAUACAAUCCCAUCAUCAGAAACAGCAUCAACAGCAAAAACAGCCGCAACAACCACAACAAAAAUUGUCUCCUAAUUUCAAAAGAGAAUCAUCUCAUUGUCCCUCAAACAGUAAUGGUAACUAUGUUUCAACAAAGAAAGUGUCCAGUUAUUCUUCUAUGCCAUCUUCACUUACAUCUUCUUCUUCCUCCUCAGCCUAUUCUCCCACUUCUUUAUUAGAAGAUUCUAGCAACAAUGAUACAAAUAAUGCUACCACAAGCAGCUCCCAUAAUAGUAAUAACUGUAAAACAGACUCGGACGAUAAUAGUGUUACUCAGCCAAGUACCCAACCAAACUCAAGAUCUCAUGCAACAAAUAUUCCUUUGGGAGGAGAACGGCUGUCACCAGUUUCUAGUGACACCCCAAAAGAGGUUUCUGACAAUGAACUGGAUAAAGAAACAAAGAGUCAAGAGGUAACUAGUGAUGGUGAACCAAAUUCUGACCGCGAGUCUGCUCCUCGACAGAGGCGUAAGCGACAUGCUCCUGUGGCUGUACGUCAUCAACCACAGCUGACAACCUCUUGGUCUGAUUCAGAUUCAGACGAGGAGUUUAACUCAAGUAAAAAUAAUAAAAAAACUGCUGAUAAUAUGUCGUUAACUGCUGGUGAAAAUUCUUCACUCGAAAAACUUUCUUGUAAGUCUAAAGAAGACAAAAAUCAAGUUCAUGCGAGCAGUUCUGAUCAAACUGUUAAUGAACAAAGUAAAGACUUCCCUCCACUAAAAAAGACAAAAGAUACCUCCGACAGAAGCUUUACAAAUAAACAAAGCUCUAGUAGUAACAAUCAAGAUGUUCUGGAGAAUCAAACUCAGUUCUCUUCUAUGGAACAAACUUUUCCACAGGCUGUAGAUUCGUUAGGUAUGUUAUCUUCUGUUGUUGAAAGCUUGCUCAUACAUCCAAACCAGUCCAUGUCCACUUCUCAGAGCUUGGAGAAAGUUUUGGGGACAACUAUAAAAACUGAACCUGAAGACCAAAGUGAAAAUGACAUUGGCCUUAAAGGGAUUUACCGAUGCUCAUUUUGUGAUUUUGUCUGCUAUGACAUACGAGACUAUGAGGAGCAUUUCAUUCGAGAACAUGACUCUGAUCUUCUUGAUGCUAACAUUACGGAUUCUUCAGGGAAGUCUGUUCACGGAGAAUACUGGAAGAUGUUAAAAAUUAAGGAGGUUUUACCAGAGUUAUUAGUUGGCUGUGCUAAAGGUUAUGUAUCACGUGACCUACUUCUUCAGAAAAUUAGUAUGCUGCUGAACAUUCCAGAAAUGGUUCAUUGGGGACCAGCAUGUAACAAGGCUGUGAGAGAAGAGUUUCCGAGCAGUAUGGCUCAGAGGAAAGGGAAGUUCAAGAAAACGUACUAUUUUGGUGUGGCUCUUAUAGAGCAAUUGCAAGAACAAGAAGAACUAAGCGACUCUGAGAAUGUGACUUAUCAGCCACUGAGAGAUCUUUCUCAAGAUCUGGAGAAGAUCCUACAGUUUCUUCCAGAACUUGUUUUCUGGACUGGUGACUUUGACAUGGGCAUCUCACGUGAUGAGGUCCUUCAAUUAUUAGGACAGAAAAUUGAGGAACCUGGUGUACAAUAUUGGGGUGUACAGUGCAAUCGAGCAAUGCGGUUUUUGUUCCCUAGUAUUCAUAUGAAGAGAAAAGGGAAGUUUAAGACUACAGUAUAUUUUGGUGUAGAUUUUAUGAAAAACUUCACAAGACAGAUUCCACACACAUUUGAAAGUGAUCAAAUGAUGUUCAUUAAGUCUGAACCUAUAGACGAUUCCUAUGAAGACAGCUCCACCAGUCACCUCCAGGGAAUGACACUUUCCAUUUUUCCAACAUCGACAUCUUCAGUAGCGAAUCCCAACUCUCAGACCACAUCCACUGCAAUGUCAAUGGAUUUUACUACAUCAGAAACAAACCCAUGAUAAAUAUUCUCCAAAAACCAUUGCCAACCAUUCCACAUGUUUUUUCAUGUCAAGUUGUGUGUUACUGACUUAUGUAAUUCUUAACAAUUAACUAACUCCUUCAUGCCACAAGGAAUGUGAAUUUAACAAAUAUUUAAUAAUAAUAAUAAUAAUAAUAAUAAUUAUAAUAAUGAUUAUGAUUAUAAUAACAACAACAACAAAAUAGAGUAUGAUGAAUGUAGAUCAAGGAUUAUGGAAAAAGGGGCAUUUUAAUAGGUGUAAAUUUUCACUCAAAUUGAGUGCUGGAAUUAUUGACUGUUAUGUCUUUGUAGAGGUUUAUAAGUUGGCACCAAUUCUUAGAAAUGGGGUCAUGUUUACAUUCAUUCUUUCUCCUUUAUCUGAAUACAUGCAUGCACACACAAAAUACAAACAUGCACACACACACAUAUAUUUAUUAUUUAUAUUUGCACACACAUGUGCAAUCUAUGCAAGCAUGGUAGACAAUGUUGCAGUAAGGGGAAAGGAGUAUCAUUGUCAUCAUUUUAAUGUCUACUUUUCCCUGCUUUUAUUGAGGUAGAUUUUUUUUUUCAGUCAGAUGCCCUUCCUGUUGCCAACUUUCAUUUGUUUCCAUGUAAGGUAAAAUUUCUACUUGGCUGGACACAUUUUUCAUGGAAGUCUGGAUUCAAAUGACACUCCUUGUAUGACAGUAACUGCCACUUACAGCUAUCUCCUGGUGUUAUGUCAAGGCGACAAUACACACAUGAGACAAGCUUCUUUCAGCUACCAUGUCAAAUCCAUUCACAAGGCUUUGGUUGGCCCAUAGCUAUAGUAGGAAACACUUGCCCAAGGUGACAUUCAAAUUGCCUGAAGCCAGAACCAUGUUGUU